AUGAGAGGCGCUUUGCUGGUUUUCAAUAUUCUAUUCGUAAUCGUUGGCAUUACACUCAUUGGUCUUGGAGUUUAUAUCAAAGUCGAUGACAAUUUUGCAUCGGUUCUAAGUAAAAUUGCUGACAAUAGCGACUUUAGUGGUCAAGCUCUCGGCUUUCUCGCGUUUGUUAUGAUCGGUGGAGGCGUUGUUACUUUACUGAUCGCACUUUUCGGUUGCAUGGGCGCGUUGUGGAACAAUCGAUGUUUCUUGUACAUCUAUGCUUUCGUUCUUGGUCUCUUGAUGAUCUUGGAAUUAGUUGCCUUCAUUAUGGCUUUCGUGUACAAAGGUCAACUCACCGAUGUCUACAAAGAUACCUUAUUCAAAGUCUUUGACAAAGCUUUGACCGAAAAUCAAACGAGUGUGAUACACGCGUUUCAAGAAUUGGAGAAUAAAAUGAAAUGCUGUGGUAUUCAUAACAUCUCAGACUACGGCAAACCUCCAAAAGUUACACUUUCUGAACGAUGUUUAGCCGCACCGGAGUCAGAAGGUUGCUCAGAUGCCAUCAUCGGUUUUCUCAAUAAGCAUUUACCGAUCAUCGGAGGUUCACUCGGAGGUGUUUUAUUGCUUGAACUUUGUGGUUUAAUCGGCGCUAUUGCUUUGGCUGUGGCACUCAAACACGCACCGGACGAUACACUGGUUUACAAAGGAGGCAAAUAUAGAUAA